AUGAUGUUUUCUGUACCUGCUAGACAGCACCUGUUCUUUGUGACUCGACGACGGCCCUUGACUCUGGCGUCUCGCUUCAACACCAGGCUAGUAUCGACAUUGAGGAACCCAGCCAGCAGAUCAAAUGACUCUCAUUUCAAUAGCAAAAGAGCUGCAUAUGCUGCAGGCGGCACCGGUCUGGCCAUUUGGGGAUUGAUGUGGACGGGGUGCGAAGCUCCGGACGAUGCCCGCGACAGGAGGGCCCUCUCGACGGUUCCAUUAACAAAGCUCGUCUCCGGCUGGGUCGCGUUCGCGUUCUGCUCCUCCCCGACCUGGGUGGGCAUGAGCGAGUCUCUGUACAACACUCUCUCGAGAAUUCCCGUAGUGUCUUCCAUCACCAAUGCAUUUGUCAUGCAGACAUUCUUUAACCAGUUUCUUGGGGGGCAAACAAUCGCUGAGUGCAUUCCCAAGAUAGAGGCUCUGCACAGGGAGGAAAUCGGUACCCUUCUUGGCUAUAACAUCGAGGCGGAACUGGAUGGUUCCAGCAAGGAUAUGCAACUCAUUCUCGAGCAGACCCAGCAUGUCUUGUCUUCUAUUGAGGCUCAGGGGAAGCUUUCUCGCCGGCUGUGGCCCGACACCACGGCUACUGGGGGUGAUAACCGGUGCUGGGUCCGAAUCAAAGUGACUGGUCUAUUGCCCAACCCAGUUGCUCUUUACCAUGGCUCCAAUGCUAUUCUCAAGGCAAGGGCAGAAAAGGGAUUGGACAAGGACGUCCCAUACCCUGGGCUGCCCCAUGAUGGCGACUGGGAAGCUGCGCUGCAUGGAGAUGGGGUGACGGAGGCGGAUCGUAAAGAGCUAGUAACCCUACGCGCCGUUCUGGAGAAGAUUAUCAGCAAGGCACGAGAGAACAAUGUGCGCAUUGUUAUUGAUGCCGAGCAAUCAUGGUAUCAGCCCGUUAUUGACAGUCUGACCGAUGAGUUUAUGCAAAAAUAUAACUCUUUGGACGGCCCUGCUACUUGUAUCGCUUCGUUCCAAGCUUACCUCCGCAGGUACCCUCAGUUCUUGGAUCAGCAAAUUGAGCGUGCAGAUAAGAAGGGAUAUAAACUCCUCUUCAAGCAGGUUCGGGGAGCCUAUAUGGUCACUGAAGCGGCGAGAUGGAAGAAGGAAGGCAGGGAGGGGCCAGGACCAGUGUGGCCUACAAAAGCAGAUACCGAUGCCAGCUACAAUUAUGGCAUUGAGAAGACUCUCUCCACCGUGGCUGAUCAAAUUCAACAGACUGGCCGGUCCAGGAUCAGUGCCGUGUUUGCUACCCACAACUCUAUCAGUGUUGACUUGGGGAUCAAGUUACUGGAGAAGUAUGAAGUGGCAAAAUGCAAGCCUGGUGAGGACAGACUUGUGAUUUCAAGUGAAGCUGCUGGUAGCAUUGCAUUUGCACAGUUAUAUGGAAUGAAGGAUGACCUUACCAACGAAAUCACUGGGUCUGUUAUGACUGCAGGCGGAUUCCCGCUAGUCGUCAAGUCAAUGAGCUAUGGUGACCUGAAGGAAUCUUUGCCAUUCUUAGCGAGGCGGGCUACGGAGAAUAAGGCGGUUCUGGAGGGGCGAGGCGGCGCCGCUGCUGAGAGGUCGCGUUUGGGUCGUGAGAUUUGCAGGCGUCUUCUACCUUUCUAUUCGUAA